AUGAGGCGCAGUGCGGGACCGAAACAUCUUCCGGAUGCAAUCCCACAUCAUUCCUCGAAGGAGGAGUCCGUUUGGCAAGAAUUGGAGGCACUUCGAUUUGAGAAUGAGAGAUUAAAGGCAGAGCUGCAUCCAUAUGGUCCAGAUGUUCCUGCUCCACUGUCAUACAGACCUCAUGUGUUCUACUGCAUUGAUAGAACGAAAUUCUUCCUUGACGAGCCGCGCUGGGUGACGGGGGGCAUUGGAUUGAGCCUACUCUCCCACAAUCCUAUUCGCAGCAUUGACUAUUACCUAGACCAGCACCCGGAGAUCGCCUUUUACUUUUGCAAGUUCUACUCUUCCAGGGCCCCCGUGAAUAUGUCCACAUUGGAGACUAAUGACGGGGUUUUUAAGCCGCCUCUGCCGGUGCACCAGACAUUGAGGCUGGUGGCGGAAACGAUGAUCGAUGCCGUCGAGUGCUUUGUGCGCCAUGUGCCUCGCUUUAAUUUCUUCUUUCCGGACUUUAUACCGUGGAAAGAUAUACGCGAGCCGUACCUGUUCAUGUUCUACUCGCUACCCUACUUGUCCAAGGCACGGUCCAGCUUGGAACCUCCAGCCCAAAGGCUCUUUGACCUCCUGCACGAGGCCAUCGAUGACGGCCACGGAUUCGAGUACGCGAGUGUGGCCAAGCAUGCUUCCAACGGCCAUACUUCUAGUCGCUUGGUCCAGUACCUGAUUGGGCCAGGCGAAGUGCUAGUGGAACGAGAUGGCCCCAGAACCCAGGCUUACUUGUGCGUUGGGUGGGCCGAUUCCAACUCCCAAAUGCGGCGGAGCUACGGUGAAGAAGUGUUGGAAUAUGAAGAAAUGCAUCGGUCGACCAAAAGAAGGACAAAGCAGCAGAUCAAGGAUCUGAAAUUUCAUUACACGGUUCCAGUGGUCUAUUGGAGAUACGAUGGCUCUUUCGAGCAAACACACACGACGCUUUCCUUUACUUUGACCGUGGGUCACGAGAGCGAAACGUUCCCCAUCGAGACUAUUCCCUACGUUCCGUUAUCCUUUCUGUCGCCAGCCAUUCGAAAGACGUUGGAACGUCGAGGCAAGACAUUCUGGUCUAUUCGGUUGAGGAAGUUCAUCACAUACAGAAUGCCGUCUGGGGAAAAUCUUAAUAGCACAGAGGAUCGCUAUUUCGUCGACAUAUCAACCUACAAAAAGCUACAUCCGAACUCAGAUCUAUCUACUACGCAUCUUCGAUCUGACAUGCGCAGAAGGGAUAUGGCUCGUGACGAGCCCCCAGAAGGAUCCUACUUGUUACUUUUCCCGCCCACCGUCGUGGGAUAUAACAUGCUACACAAGACCUGGUCUGACCUAUACGUUGACUACAUAUACGACAUCGACUGGAACAAGCAGGCAUUCAAAGACCUUGUGGUUCAUGAUGAGAUUAAAGAAUUGGUGCAAGCAUUAGUCACUAGGCAAAUCGAGUCGCGAAGGGCCACAGACUACAUUAGUGACAAGGGAAACGGCCUAAUCCUACUUCUCCAUGGUGCGCCAGGCACAGGGAAGACAUUCACAGCAGAGGGCGUGGCCGAGUUCGCGGAGAAACCACUGUUUCGUAUUACAUGCGGCGAUGUGGGCAUUGAAGCCACAAACGUGGAGAAAUACCUCCAAGCUGCAUUCCACCUUGCCAAGCUCUGGGACUGCGUUGUUCUUUUAGAUGAGGCGGACGUGUUUCUCGAGGAACGGGACGUCCGAGACCUCAAUCGCAACGCGGUGGUCUCGGUAUUCCUACGCGCGCUCGAAUACCACAACGGGAUUUUGAUCCUGACCUCGAACCGAGUGGGAACCUUCGACGAAGCGUUCAAAUCCCGCAUCCAGCUAUCCCUCCAUUACGAGAAUCUGACGCUGAGCCAGCGUCGCAAGAUCUGGCGCAACUUCAUGAAUCGACUGCGCAAGGUGGACCCGGAGAACGUGGACGUCGACGACGUGCUGGACAACCUGGACGAGCUCGGCGCCGAGGAUGUCAAUGGGCGGGAGAUCCGCAAUGCGAUCACCAUCGCGCGCCAGCUGGCGCAGUUCAAGAAUGAGAAGUUCGCCUACGCCCACCUGAUUCGCGUACUGCGCGUGGGCGGGAAGUUUGGCAAGUAUCUGCGAGACCUGCGGGACGGGCUCACUGACGACAAUAUCAAGCAUGAUACGGGAGUCCGACAUUCGUACAGCGUCAAGAGGGCCAAUAGCAUAUCGUGA